GAGUUCCAAUAAAUAGACACAGGGCAGCGCGAAGUGUAUCGGCGAGGCAGCGCGAAGCACUAGGCCACUGGCUAGCUGCUGUCGACGCGUAAAGCACUGUCACAGGGAAAAAAAAUGCUAUCCCACAGUAUAGACAGUUGUAAGGAAGACCAAGAACAUCUAGCUCUUCUAGAUCCUAAGCUUGCCCCGGUGCUACUGUUGGUUGCUUACCGCAUUAUUGAUACAGACGACAAGGGCAACACCGAUGAUGAAUAUUGUCCCAUAGAUGAUGAAGAGGAAGAAUUAGAUCACGGGGAUGAAAAUUCACAUGAUGAGGAUAUCGUUGAUAACGAUAAGGAUGAUUGUGACCUUGGGGAUGAAGAUGACAAUCACACGUGCGAAAGAGAUUAUGAUGGAAGCGAUGAUGCUGGAACGGAGGAAAGUGAUGACAGCGAUGAUCAGGAGGAAGAUGACACUCUUUUCUUCUACAGUAUAGCUAAAAGAGAAUUGCUAUCCAAAAGAGUGGAUGAAUUCGGCAUCCACUUAUAUUGGAUAACAGCACAAGGCUGGUUGCUUAUGGUGCACCUUGAAUUGUAUGAAAUUUUCCUAUGGAGUCCCAUCACAAAUCAAAAGAUCAACCUACCCUUCGAUGAAGACAAUUUUCUUGCGAAUAAUAAUGUGGUCAAGUGCUUUCUAUCACAUAAACCUUCUGAUCCAAACUGUAUCGUGCUAGUAGUAAAUUGCAGGGACACAAUGUUCUGGUAUUGCCAUCCUAAAGGAGACGUAUGGUUCAGGCAUGAGUACCAAUCAAGUAUGAUUAGUACAGGAGAGGACAGAGAAAAUGUUAUUGCAACUGUGAAACACCUUACGGCUGUUGGGGGGAGAUUCCAUGCAUAUUUAAAUCAGGAUAAGGCAAUUUUGACACUUGAAUUCCUGCCAAAGCCAACAUUUACAACUACGCCAGUUAAGGAUGCACCAGAUCCAAGUUAUUGGUGCACGUUUUCUACUUGUUUCUUGUUAGAAUCAGGUGGAGAGUUGUUCACGUUGUCAUUUAAACAUCCAAUUGAAUGUGUUGAUAAGGUUAUGCAAAUUGAAGUUCAUAAACUCAAUUUAUCUCAAAGAAUUUGGAUGAAAGUUAGCACAAUUGAUAACAAGGCAUUUUUGGUUGACUGUACUGGCUUUGGAGCAUCACUCAAUGCAGAAGAUGUUGGAUUGAAGAGGAACUGCAUUUACUUUGUAAGACCUAAAGAUAAGGGAUUAUAUGUUUAUAACAUGGAACGAGGAACUACCACCAUACACAAUCCAGGGGAAGAUCUACCAGAUAACAUUGCACUUGAGAUUGUGAUGCCUCCAUCUUGAAUCCUUCAUGUUGUACAUAUGUUAUCCUUUUCUUAAGAUAAUGUUUUAACGGUAUAUCUUGGACUGAUAAGUUCUUUAAAUC